GCGCGUAUCCUGGUCAUCAGGCGUUGACCGCUCUUGCUCAUCCAGAAAGUGGACAUAGAAAGUCAUCGGUAUAAGGAUGCCCAGGGGAUUUUUAGUGAAAAGGAGUAAACGGACUUCACCAGCAUCUUACAGGAUGCGUGAUGCGGACAGGGACCCACCGAACGUGGAUCUGCCCCAACAGACAGAGGGACAGACCACCGUGGCCAUUGCCUGCUCAGAUGUGGGACUUCCUGCAGAUGCCAGAGAAUCAUGGGCGAGCGUCCCCGCAGAAACGGAGCAGGCGCAACUCUCCGAAAGCGCAGAAAAAGCCGAAAGGAGUGUGGUCUCCACUGACAACGCGCACGUUAAUAUUGGCGACCCCGCUCAUGGGUCUCCGGGUCGAGCUGAUGCGUCUUACAGUCCUAUAAAGCCAGUCGGUACAGAGCUGAAGAAAUCGUUCUUUGAAAGGUGCCUGAGUUCACCUGCCAUGGCAGAGUCCUUCCCAAUAAGCGCCCCGGUGUCUUCAAUGGAGAGGCUGCUGAUGAAUCACUCGCCCUUCCCGCCUUCGGAAAUGAAAUUCGACACGCCCGUUCACCUGUACUCGCCGCUCCAUCACGUCAUGAAGCGGUCAUACGUGGACUCUGAUCGCAAAGGCAAACCUUCGGCCAAAAAGCCCAAGGUGAUGAGAAAGCUGAGCUUUGAAGAUGAGGUAACCACGUCCCCUGUGCUGGGACUGAAAAUAAAGAAGGAAACUCCCGAAUCGAAAGCGCCAUCGUCUUCAGGGAGUAAGAAACCGCUGGGUGAGUUUAUUUGCCAGCUCUGCAAGGAAGAGUACCCCGACCCGUUUUCCCUUGCGCAGCACAAAUGCUCCAGAAUUGUUCGUGUAGAGUACCGUUGUCCCGAGUGCGACAAGGUCUUCAGCUGCCCUGCCAACCUGGCGUCGCAUCGCAGGUGGCACAAACCUCGUCCCGUUAAUGGGGAGUCCCAAAGUGGGAAGAAGUCUCAACUGACAGCAGAGCAUGACCCCCAGAAGCCGUCGGCGGAGGGCAAAGAGAACGCCAGCAAGAUGCUAGUUAACGAUCAGCACCACCCCUCUCUGGAUAGCUCCCAGUUCCCAGUUCAACAGCAGCGCCCAGCGGAUGGCGCCCACGGGCAAGACCAGCUACGCAGAAAGUCGCAGGAAAGCUCCGCGCCAGUGGACCAGAGUUACAAAGAUCAAGAAAAAUGUUUCGAUCUACAUCUCAGAGCCACAGACGGCUCGAUGCUGCUUGGAUGCUCGGAGACUACGGACGCGACCGCCUCCUCAUACCUGCCUUCUCCUGGUCCGAGUGAGGAGGUGUACGAAUGCCGCUACUGCAGCAAGAAAUUCCGAAGACAAGCAUACCUGAGAAAACAUCUCGCUGCCCACGAAACCAUCAGGUCCUCUACUUACAACCAGAUAGAAAGUGGGCAAAUCACCUUUCCCUGUCACCUGUGCGGAGCCCACUUCCCUUCCGCGGAAAUACGCGAUAAACACAGGCUGUGGCAUGCGGUGAGAGAAGAUAUUCUCGUCAACCCGGGAAAGAGCGUGAACGCGUUAGUGAGACCAGACCUCAUGCAAAGGGAGCAACAGAUCUUCACCUGCAAACACUGUCCGUCCACUUUUUUUAGCUCGCCCGGUUUGACAAGGCAUAUUAACAAGUCUCACCCGACGGAAAACCGUCAGGUGAUGUUGUUGCAAAUGCCUGUAAGGCCAGGUUGCUAA